AUGUACCAGCACCCUGCAGCUCGACAGGACCCUAACAACCCUCUGGGCCUGCCAAUAUAUGAAUGCUGGUUCUGUCCGAGUAACUGGAUCGGAUUCUCUGGCCUUCUCUUCCACCUUGAAGAAGGCCGCUGUGUGAAGCGAGACCGCAUCCGCACUCUCGCGUUCGAGACUCCGGAGUACGGUUUCUACGGAAACAAACUCACCGACCCAAACCCCUUCUACUGCUACCAAUGCCGGGCUCAGUUCCCGCAGAUCUCUCACCUCUACCAUCAUGUCGAAAUCAACCCUUCCUGCUCAUACCUACUCAACCCUUCUGAGUGCCUAGGUGCUCUCCGUGACUUUUACGUGGAGUACUAUGAGUGCCCUGGCUCCGACUACAUCAGCUAUUGA